GCUGCUACAGUUAUGCGUGUUAAUAACUGAUUGCACAGGUGUUACCUGAUAGGCUUAGCUUCAGAAUCUGGUGUCAGCACACUCAGGUGUAUUAGCGAACAGGUAUUCACAGGGACAGUAACAGCAACACCUGGCUGCAGCCGGACCUCCGGGAUUGCCAAUGACAACAGAUAGCGAAUUCCCUGUGAAGCCUCAGGACAAGAUGGGUCGCAAAGAAGGAGAGGACAGCCGGUCCUGGAAGAAAAUGACGGAUAACAUCCAGGACACCUUUGAGUUCUUGGAGAUGCUCGGAUCGGGGGCGUUCUCAGAGGUCUUCCUGGUCAAGGAAAGGAAGACCGGGAUGCAAGUCGCUCUGAAGUGCAUAAAGAAAAUGCCGAACAUGCACGACGCCAACCUAGAAAACGAGAUCGCUGUCCUCAGAAAAAUCAAACACGAGAAUGUUGUGGCCCUGGAGGAUUUCUACGAGAGUCAAACCCAUUACUACCUCGCCAUGCAGCUGGUGUCGGGAGGAGAGCUGUUUGACCGGAUCCUGGAACGCGGUGUUUACACGGAGAAGGACGCCAGCCUGGUGCUUCGGCAGGUCCUGAGCGCGGUUGGAUACCUGCACAGGAAUGGCAUUGUGCACCGGGACCUCAAGCCCGAGAACCUGCUGUACUACAGUCCGGACGAGAACUCCAAAAUCAUGAUCAGCGACUUCGGGCUGUCCAAGAUGGAGGACAACGGCAUCAUGUCCACGGCCUGCGGGACACCGGGAUACGUAGCCCCUGAGGUCCUGGCUCAGAAACCCUACAGCAAGGCUGUUGACUGCUGGUCGAUUGGAGUCAUCACAUACAUCCUGCUGUGUGGAUACCCUCCCUUCUAUGAAGACACAGAGUCGAGACUGUUUUCCAAGAUCAUGGAGGCGCGCUACGAGUUUGACUCCCCCUUCUGGGAUGACAUCUCUGAGUCGGCUAAGGAUUUCAUUCGCAACAUGAUGCACAAGAACCCUGAGGAGCGUUACAGCUGUGAGAAAGCUCUGAGACACCCCUGGAUUUCUGGCAAGACGGCUCGCAGCCAAGACAUCUACUACUCCGUCAGCAUGAAUAUCCAAAAGAACUUCGCCAGGUUGAAGUGGAGACAAGCCUUCAAUGCUGCCACUGCAGUGAACCGCAUGAAGAAGCUACACCUGAACACAGUCACAGAGGGGAGCCAACAGGCCAGCACACAGGUUCCUGUGAUCCGGGUCACUGAAGUUCCCCCGCAGGACUCUCCCGAGAGGAGCCUCAGCGCUGAGCAGAACCUGGGGAAGAACGGCUACAUCGCUGUGCCGGCCAACCAGUGUGAAAUGAAGAGCCACUACCACCCCCUCCGCAUCCACUGUGAGCCGCCAGACUCCCUGCGCGUUGAGAACGGGAGCUCACUAUCGGAUCCCACCAACUUCAACAGCGCUGUCAUUAACCAUGCUGUGACCCCGACGUUGAACAUCACAGUGAGGAGGCUGAAAGAUAACAGCGGCCAGCUUCAGACUGGAGUCUGCUCCAUCAUGUGAGCUGCCCUGCAGCCGUGUGACUGGGGCUGAGCAAUGCAGGAGUCUAAUCUAGGUUUUGGAGGAGCCACAACAGUUUACAAGCGGACAGAGCCAGCACAGGCUGCUGUGUGUGAUUGAACUGGAGCUGGAGAAAGGGGGAGACAAACCCUCCUGCCUGUGCCUGUCGCCAGAGGAUUACUGAGUGCCUAGCGUAAUAGAAACGACAUACCAUUGUCUGUGAGAGUCCCAGAGGAGUUUAGGAACUAGCAGAGGCAGGGUACAUUUUAUUUUCUUGUUCGCUAACUACUGAUGCUCUAUAUUAGCAUUUUCACCUGAUGAGACUGACUUUAAGAAAAAUGUGAAGUGUAAUAUAAUUUGAAUUCAUGUCUCAGUAAUGAUUUUGUUUUCCCCCCAGCUGCCUCUGCAUAAGUUGCAGCUUGGUUAGUUCAAUAUAAAUCUGAAAAGUGCUUGAUUUGUAACUGCAAUAUUAAUGCAAGCGAAUGUCAUUUUGAUUUUCGUCAGUACUGUACUUAAACUAGAAGUUACUUCGGACAUCAUCUCACAUUAACUAUAAUUGUGUUGUUAUGGUCGUCCUCAGGAUCCACGCCGGAGUCCUGGUGGCUAGCUCUGUUUUAAACUGGUCAGAGACGGCUGUUGUGCUGGUUUUUAACUGGUCCUGCUGGUUCGACAGACGGUGCAUUUGGUGUUUUUAAGGAUUCAGUAGUUUCAUGACAUUUAUAACCUCCAGCUGCUGCAAGUAUAAGCAGGAACGUGACUGUCUGUUUCUAAGGUAGCAGGUUUGAGGGUCAGUGUUGAAACGUCCUCUCCAGCUCUCUUUAGCGCAGUAUGAGGUGUGACAGACCCUCUGAAGACCCCUUAUUGCACACUGUAUGAAUAGGAGUGCUACACCCUAUACAUGCACACAAGCAAAGCAAAUCUGGAGUAGCAUUGCUUUGCUAUUACAUUAGAAACUGAUAUAUAUUUGUGUAAGAGAGAAUGUACUGUAAUCCACAACUGGGUUAUCAGAAGCACAGUGUGUCAUGCUUUGUGUGUUCUUGUGCUGUAACAUGUUUAAACAGGAGUGCUGUAUAUCUCCUCUCAUGAAUAAAGCAUCGUCCUGUACUAUA